GGUGGGCGGGAAACGAGAAGAGGAAGCAGCGAGAAAAUCCGGGUGAUAAAGGAGCCAAUGCCUGAGAGGUCAUCGCAGCAAAGAGGAGCGGGAGGAGGAGCGGGAGAAGGAGCACGAGCAGGAGGAGCGGGAGGAGGGGCAGCGGGAGAAGAAGAGGGAGGAGGAGCGGGAGGAGAACGAAGUUAUGGUGGAGGAGCAACGGGAGGUCACUCUCUCUCUCUCUCUGUGACUAGCCACGUGGCGGGCCUUUCACGUUGUUUGGUGAAAAAGCGGGAGGAGGAGCGGGAGAAGGAGCACGAGCAGGAGGAGCGGGAGGAGGGGCAGCGGGAGAAGAAGAGGGAGGAGGAGCGGGAGGAGAACGAAGUUAUGGUGGAGGAGCAACGGGAGGAAAAGGCGGCGGGAGAAGCAGCGGGAGGGGCAGGAGGAGCGGCGGGAGGAGGCCUGGGAGGAGGAGCACGAGGAGGAGAAAGAGUAGAUGAGGAGCAGGAGGUGGGGAAAAAGGAGCCUGCUGAGGGGGAGGAGGAAGAGGAGGAAGAGGCGCAGCGGGAUAAAGAGGAGGAGGAGCCGAAGGAGGAGCGGGAAGAGGUGGAGGAGCAGCAGGAGAAGAAAUGGCGGGAAACAGAGAGGGGGAUGGGAGGAGGAGUGGAAGGAGGCCUAGGAAAAGGAGUAGGAGAAGGAAGAAGAGUAAACGAGAAGCAAGAGGAGGUGCCGAAGGAGCGGGAGAAGGAGUGGGAGGAGGGGGACGAGGAGGAAGAGGAGCGGGAGGAUGAGCGGGAGGAGGAGGAAGAAGAGGAGGAGGAGGAAGAGGAGGAGGAAGAGGAAAAGCAGGAGGAGGAGCAGGAGGAGGAACAGGAGGAGGACCAGCAGGAAACGGGGAGGGGGGGUUAUUGAAUGGAGGAGGAAAAGCAGGAGAAGGAAUGGCGGGAAACGGGGAGGGGGAGUUAACGAGCGU